AUGACUCUUGCAAAUGUUGAAACUAUAAUUGAAAUGUCAAUUAUUUCAGCAAGUCAAAAAGCUGGUUACGUUCGUUUCAAAGAACCACGACUGAGAGGUUAAAAUUUGUCCAGAGUUUACUGUAACUAAAGUUUCUGUAGCUAUGACUUUUAAUGUAUGUGACGCAGAAUUUGUUGUUUCUAGUAGGAAAAUGUUUAGGCCAAUGAAUUCGAGAAGGAGUUCAAAUAAGUCAUGUAGUUCUCGAUGGGAUCUAUUUUGGGGAAAAGGUUCAUGAAUAAUAUAUUUGAAAAGGUUCAGGGCUUCAGGGUAGAAUUUUCAAUUUUUGAAAAUUCGCUGUUCAAAUUUUUUUAUUUCUCUAAAUUUACCUAAGUAGAAUUUGAAGAUUCCCGAUAAUAUCUUUCUUAGAUUUAAGAAUUUAUACUUAAUAGGUAAUCAGAGUAUGCUUUGUAAUUAGGACCUGUUUUGUGGUCAAAAGUUUAAGAGACUGUAUCACAGCUGUUUUAGAAGAGAGUUUUGUAAAAUCAAUCUUAAUUUUGCAGAUUUUCUUAACUACCAUUGGUAUAUGCUGGUAUAAAAUGUAAAAGUUAACCUCGCACAUGGUUGAAUAUAAUGUAACGUAGGAUUUUAAAAACAAGCUGGGACAGUUUUAACUUAGCAUGCUUUAUACAAUGUCAGCGUAUUUCGUGUGAAGUGUUUUGAUGCUAUUUUUAUUUACAGUUGAAAGUAAUUGCUCAUUUACCUUAGUUUAAUUAACUCAUCAACUCCCAAGUUCUGAAGAAAAAUUCUCCCAAGAGAUAAGAAUGUUUCUUUGUUCCUUCACUCCGAGGAUUUAAUGUUACAUCACGUUUAUAUCAAAAAAUUAUCCUCCAGCUUAGAUUUUCUCUAAUUCUUACUGACACCAUAUUUUUCGGUGUAUUAAAUACUGUGAGGAGAAUUUAAAUUAUAAUCAGUCUUGGGAGUAAACGGGUUCAUUUUAGUGUCUCCGUUUAGCGCGUAUUUUCCUUAAUGCCUUUGACAAUUUAAUGCAGUUUCUAUUGUACCUUUUUAUUUACUUCUUUGAGUAAAAGAAAUAUACAGUGUAUAAAAUACAAAAACCGCGUUAAUAUUCAUUGUCUGUCUCCAUAUUCUAAGGAUUCACGUGAGAUGCAGAGAGAACAGAUCCUUUGGGGACUUCAAUGCUUGUUUUCACCCGCGCGCACCAAGUUGAUAAUGUGUGCAGCUGACAGUGACUAACAUUUCAUGUUUCAAGCCCCCACCCACUCAACAAUUGCGCGUCGUCUCUUCGAUUGUAUCUCUUCCAUUAUCUGUUGUUCUCCAUAUUGUCACAUGGUUUUGAACGCCGACGAACGUGUUCAUACUUUUGCGCCUUCUUUACCUUUUUCUUUACACAAAUUUUUACAUCUUUUCGCAUUUGCGCGUCCCUUUUUACUGCUUCCUUUUGUUCCUUCCCUUUUUUUCAUCGUAAUUUUUCUUUAUUCCCAUCUUUACGUGCACUUCUCUCAUCGCCCUCAACUUUAUUCUUCUGCGGGCUUCACUAGACGCGACUAUCUCCUUGUCUGUUUUAGUUUUCAUUCGUCUGAAUCCUCGUGCAACGUCAUGCUUCUUACAACUCAUAUACCUCCUUACUCCCCCACAGUAGUUUUUAUCAUGUUUAUUUUAUCCACUUUAGGAUGGUGUCCUCUUAAUGUCAUCCCUAGUAAAAAUCUCAGUUUUCCUUUCGACUGAUUCCCAGUCCACAGGGUCUCUCACUUUUAACUCUCACGUGCCAGUGCUUGCUCUCCUCAGUCCUCUCAUCAUAGUAGCAGUUAUAAAGCGGAAGAGCUCCCUCUAAGUUUCGGCGACAUAAUCAGUGUAUUUUGUUGGAAACGAGCCCUUCGAUGUCCAAAUUAAGGCUUCUUCUAUCAUCUGAUUGGGAAUGGGUCAAACUCUCGCCUACGGUUCACCUACAUUGCGAAUUCAAGAUGGCGGCAGGCCAAUCCAAAGACUCCACAGAGUCGCUAGCCGCCAUCUCGGAUUUAGGCUUAGAGGAGAUCCUGGAAAAGAGUUUUGAUAAAACAAUAAUUUAGAAAAGAUAAGUUACUAUUAAUAGUGCUUAGAGAGAUAGUCGAUAACAACUUUAAAGAUGCAUUAUGAGCAAGCACGUUCCGUCGAUCAUUCGACUCCAUGUCUCCAAACAUCGUAGAAUAAAUUCCCCGAAUACACACACCUAUAUGCCCCUCUCCCCCCUCCCUUCAUUAACACUAGACAUCCCUCUACUGCAACUUUUAUCAUUAUACAGCACAGUACAACAUUAUACCCCUGACUAGCACUAUAAAUCUGUUCGCGGACAUUGCCUGUUCUAAGAUGCGAAAACUGAGACCUUCGAGGGACAGACAAUGUCCAAGAACAAAUAUCCGUACGUAUCUUUGCGCAAAAUAGAGGCUAUUGUGUUUUUUAUCCUUCAAAUAUUUUGCAACGUACUUGGAAAAUGUUUAUGAAUAGCUUACUGAAUUGAAUGACUAAAGGGGGUAAUAAAGAGCGUUAGCUCUUCGUCAGAGCGAUCGCAGAGUGCCAACGCUCGAAACGUGAGCUUUCAAUUUACGUAAUCAACCCCCAUCUUGCCAGUUACACAAAGAAAUCAAGAGACUGAGCAAUACUCACAACAAGACACGCACACACACACACACACACACGCACACACACAUAUAUGGGUAUCUGGGGCUUCACUUCCACUUCGUGUUUGCUUAGUUUGAAUACGCACCAUGUCUUAAUUUGCAGAGGAUUACUCUCAAUUUGCCAUGAUCAUUACAUACAUCGGCACUAAUAUUCAGACCUUCAAAAACUGGCAGACGCUAUUUGAGGAAGGUAGAGGAAACUCAGAAAAAUAAAACGGUGACAACAAACAAAGACCAAAUUCUUAAUGAAGGAUUUUUAUAAUAACAGUGAUAGUAAUAGUAAUGAUAAUACUACUGGUGAAAGUAAUGACAAUACUGAUACUAAUGUUAACAAUAAUGACAAUGUUAAUGAGGAUUAUAAUAAAAUCACAAUGGUAAAACUAACUAUGAUAAUGAUAAUAAUAGCAAAACUAAUACUGAUAAUAUUGAUAAUAAUAAUACUAAUCAUACUACUAUCAAUAAUAAUAAUAAAAUGAUUAUCGAUCACAACAGUAAUAAAACGAUGGCAUUAACGUAAAUAUUAUGUGCAAAUUAGGGACUACCAAGCUUAAAAUUGGCAAACUUUCACACUCCAUAUCUGAGCAGGAUUCUUCUUGCAUUGCUAAUCACUAAAGUGUGUAGAAAGCUAGGAAAAUGGCCUAUUUAAUUCUCGAGGUCUCUAAAGCUCAUUUUGUCAGACACACAUAUAAGAUGGCCAAAUUGAAACAGAUCUAACUUGGAAUUUGGUUCCUUUUUUUCGUACUUUCGAGACAUAUUUUGAAAUCGUCUUUUAAAAGAAGCUUCAGCUGAACUUAGUCAUUUCCUAUUACUUUCUCUCAGGAAGUGGUGCUGUCCCAGGUGAAUGCAAAUCGUACAAUGUUUUAAAUGAGCCGGGCAGAUAUUGGAGCAGUACUGGACAUCCUCUUUCAUGCGAUAAGAACCUUACCAGUGGCGGCUGGUACCGCUUCCAGGGUCCUGCUGGAAAAAUGAUGGCUACUCAUUGUAUUCCAAGACAAAGUUGCAACAGCCGCAUGGUCGGCUGGAUCGGUGGUGGCGAUCACCCCACUAUAGCUUACCAGAAGGUCACGAGAACAGUAUAUAUGCAUCACAAGUCAAGUUGUCAUUACUUGUCUUACCCUGGGACGGAUAUACGUAACUGUAGUGGAUUCUACGUUUACAAACUGAAAUCAACCACCACAUGUUUCCAACGGUAUUGUGGUGUUAAUGGUAAGUGUCACAUCAAGAACAUAAUUUUUUUUAGCUGUGUUGCAUAUAGUAUUUUUUUUUAUGCAGAUUUGUUUAUUUUUAAUUUAAUUAAUUUAUUUAAUGAUUAUUUAAACACGGUAAAAAAAACCACCAGGUAAAAAAAAUUCCAAUUCAAUGACUAAUAUCCUAAGAACCUAAAAAUCCUAAUCCUAACAUUGUUUUAACUUACAACAAUGUGCCAUUUAAAAUCUUGAUUUCCAGGGAUGCCGUGUUUAAUAAUUAUGAUUGAGAAGGUGUUUAAAUUUGUUCUAUGAACCAGACUCUCUUAUGUUACAGGCCCUAAGUUAUUCCAAAGGGUUGCGCCGCUAUAAAUAAAGCUAUUUUUCAUGUAGUUAGUUCUUGGAAAGAGGCAAACAAGUUUGUUUACCAAGUCCUUCAGAGGAUUGUCUGAUUCAUUUCACUUUAUAAAUUUAGAUGUGAGAUAUUCGGGAACCAGACCUUAAAAAGACUUGAAAACCAUCAAGGCGUUCUGAAUUUAAGGUUGAGAUUUCAAGUAUUUCCAACUGAGUUUGUGAAACAAGAAAUCGGCAUAUACGUCAUAGUUUGAUGAUGUUAUUAGACGCGCAGCACAGUUUUUGUAGUUUUUGUAGCUUGUUAGAUAAUUUUUGCCACAAUUACCCCAGAUUAGGCCGCAGUAAUCAAAGUGAGACUAAACUAGUGAGUUGUUUACAUUAAGUCGAGUGGAUUCGCUUUAUGGCUUUAUGGUCAUUUUACGCAGUUUAUCAACGUAGGAAUGCCAAGCUUAAUUUCACCGAUAUAUAUUCCAAGGGAUUUCACAGAGGAAACUUUUUCAAUCGGAACAUUAUCUAUGGAAAGUUCGAGUGGAUCAGAUAGAGUACUAAAUCUUUGACUGGAUACUGUUUUCUCAUGGCUGGAGGUUGCCUGCUGGGUAGACUGGUAUUCUCUCCGCCACCCCGUUUUUAUUGGUGUUCAUACACUUUGGAAAGCGUGGGGGUGGGGUAAGGGGGGUGUAGGGGAAUGUAAAGGACAGCUCGAGAAAGAAAAAUGGUUAGAUAUUACACGUUGUACCAUUUAUUGCAAAAAUAGGCUUGAAUGUCCACAUUUCCGGCAGAAUAGAUGUCUGGUAAUACUGCUUUGAUCCAAAUUUCUUACAUUAAUUGUAAAAUUGGGAAGUAAAACAAAAUCAAGUUGAAAAGGUUACAUUUACAGUAGAGAUACGGGCGGCUCUAAGUUUCAGUGAUAUGGUUUGGUCUUUCUUUUUAAAAACAGUGUUUCUCUUUAUGCGGUUUUUAAUUGUUCUUAAGCAAGUCGAUGAAUAAAGAACACCCAGGCAAAUAAAAGUGCAAAACAAUCAUAGCGUCCCAAGCUGUUUUAUGGAAUUUUUCCUAUAAUAUUUAGGUAAUUCUAUCAAUAUCUAACGAAACUGUGGACAUACCAUGUUUUGGUAAGAUUCAAAAGUACCUUUAUCAGAGCUGAUUCAGUAUGAAAAUUGAAGCACUUAUGAUGCUUGUGGGUACACGUGGGCGCUUUAGUAUUUGGUUUACUCAUGAUUAGUUGGGCAUUAAGCCAUUCAGUAAUUUCUUUGUUAGAAUGAUUUCGUCUUCAACAGAUGAGAACGAUGCAUGUUCUACCAAUCCUGGCUCAACUGCAUGUAUCUGUCCAUCUGGUUAUUCGGGCACUCCUUGUCGAGGUAUGUGGGCUAUAAAAUUGAUUGAUGGUAGUCACUUCCCUCUAGGAAGCUUGGUUUAGAGCUUUAUCGCUUAGAAAAAAAUCGAAAAAUAGUAUUUUUCCCUCCCAUUUGAUAGUUUGUUUUUUGUUUUCGUACUUAGUGCAAAUUUGAGUAAAGCUUCACAUUUUAGAUUUUAAGUGAAUCCUAAUGAAACGAGAAAAUUGAAAUACUUCGGAAGGAAAGCCAUUGGUCGUUAAUGACACUAAAGGACUAAAGGGGAUGGCCUUUACGAUUGAUUUCUGCCCAGAAUAAGGUUUUGUCCGAUAUCGAUUAUAUCGCGAUUUUUUCCCAUCUUCCGAUUAAAUAAGUUAAAAAGAUAAUUUCAUGGAAUUCCCACAGUUAGGAAUUGACAUAAUUUCCUCAGUAGUUCUUUUAACCAUCUGCUUUGUCCUUGUCUUAGAAAGGACAAAUUGUUUAUUGGUUUGUUGUCUUUUCCUUGUCAUUAGAUAACGAUGAAUGUACCACAGGAAGCCAUAAUUGUCACUCACAAGCCACAUGUACCAAUACUCCUGGAGCCUUUACAUGCUCUUGUAAAGUUGGUUUUACUGGCAACGGUGUAUCUUGUAGCGGUAAGUUAGUUUUGACAUCUCUUAAAUCUCUCCAGGUUCCCUAAAGCGUCACGCUGAAAAUGGUGAUGAGGUCUCCUUAUAUGCAAGUUUAACAGCAUACCAUAUUUGGACAAGAAAAACAACAGUAGGUAAAAAUGAAAAGCUUGAAAAAGGUGGUGGGAAUUACUGGUGUUACAGCCGCAACAUUAUUUCGAGAAAUCCAAGGAUCUCGGUAUGUUAAGCAGACUAAAUAAACCUCUCAAGAUGCUAAAAAAAAAGUGGGGGUGGGAAGGGGGAGACUAGGAGAACAAUGACAAGAGGAAGGAAUUGAUUAUAUAUAACUGGCCUCUGUUGUGGAGUUAUCUUUCAAAGGUAAGUGGUAUGACCAAAGGUAAAAAUCAACUUGUCUCAUACGGAAGACGGAGUGAUUGUUCGAAAAUUAUUAAUAAUGUUCACCUAAAACGAACGGAAGGAACUUGAAAAUCCCACUUAUGGCAGAACUCCGCUACAAUUCCUUAAUUGCUAGAUUGCUUUUAACCCUUUCACUGCCAUGGGCGACUUUAGUCGCCUUACCUAUAGACCGCCAUGGGCGACUUUAGUCGCCCAAACAAUAGCAUUAAAAUGAACGAAUCAUAGUCCCUGUUCUAACUAACCAAUGAAAUAGCUUCUUAGAUCAGGUUAAUCAAAACACGUGCUGGUUUCAUUUUCGACUCGAAACGAAGCAAAUGUAGCUCAUAUUUGACUCGAGAAAUCCAUAUUUUUUAUUUGUUUACAACUUUGGGCAUUUAAAUAUGGCGUCUAAUCGAAGGUUUACUGUUGAAGAGGCUUUGGAUACUAUUUUUGGCGACAGUGACUCUGAAAUGGAAGAAGAAGCAAGUGGUUCAGAAAGCGAAAGCGCCAGUGACACUGAAAUCAACAUGGAAUCGGCUUCCGAAGGUGAAAUGGAGAAUAGCAUUGAUGAUUUCGACACAGACAUGUCAGCCGACGAGGAAAAUUUGCAGCGAGCACGAGGAGCUAGACGUGGUAUCGCUCGUGAGCGAGAAAUAGAGUGGGAAUUUUACGAGGAUAUUGAUCCGUUGGAGUCCACAUGGCUUCAAUAUUUUGACAAACGGCCGGGAAUACUUGUUGAUGCAUCUAAUUAUGUCCCAGUCGACUUUUUUUAUCUCUUCUUCCCAAAUGAAGCUUUUGAACUGAUUUCAAGGGAGACAAACAGGUAUGCACAACAGUAUUUAGAUACGCCUGCUGAUUUUGAGCCUUGUUCUCGUUUUCGAGCUUGGAAAGACACAUCUCCUAAUGAAAUAAAAGCCUUUUUCGCUUUGCAAAUUGCAAUGGGGCUUUGCCAGAAACCAGCCCAUGCUGAUUAUUGGAGUGGAUUUUGGUUGACAGCCCUGCCAUUUUCAUCUGUGAUGUCACGCAACAGGUUUGAACUGUUACAAGCAUUUCUGCAUUUUAACAAUAUUGAAAACCAAAUUGCCAGGGGUGAAGAAGGUUACAAUCCUUUAUUCAAGAUUCAACCUUUGUUGGACAUAGUCAACCCAACUUAUGAAAAGUGGUAUCAGCCAGCACGUGACCUUUCCUUGGAUGAAAGUAUAGUCAAAUUCAAGGGAGACUAUUUUUUCGGCAGUACCUUCCAGCCAAGCCCACAAGGUGGGGGAUCAAGCAGUUUGUGCUUGCUGAGGCAAAAACUGGCUAUUGCCUGAGGUCCAUUGUCUACACUGGCAAAGCAUCAUUUCCUCGAUAUAAAGGGGUCAGCCUUUUCGGAACAGGUUGUUUUGUCAUUAGUGCAAGGAUACGAGGACAAGGGCCACAUUGUUUACAUGGACAAUUAUUAUUCUGCUCCAUCUCUAUUCAAGAAAUUGGAGCAAGAGCACAUUGGUGCCUGUGGAACUGUGAAAGUAAAUCGGAAACAAAUGCCAAAAGAGCUCUUGCCAUCAAGAUUGUCUCUAAAAAAGGGAGAACCGCCUGUUUUUAUGCGUUCAGAUAAUCUUGUUGCCUGUGCAUGGCAAGACACAAAACGUGUUACCUUUUUGAGUACUGUUGAGAAUAAUUUGACAGUAGACAAGGCUGUUAGAAGUAAGAAUGGGGAAGGGGGUUAUAGGGAAGUUGAAAAGCCAGUAAUCGCUGAUCGAUACAAUUCAAACAUGGGUGGGGUCGACACCCUUGACCAAAUGCUAGGCACAUACCAAUUUCCUCACAAGUGUGUCAAAUGGUAUCAUACCCUUUUCCAUAGGGCCAGGGAAAUUGCCCUCGUAAAUGGGUUUAUUCUUUACAAGAAGGCAAACUCCACUAAAAGAGUUAACCCUAAAAAGUUUAGAGAGCAAGUAAUAACUGGGCUUUUGAGGGACUGGAACCCACCUCAGCCUCAAAAUGGGAGGCCCUCAGAUACCCCAGACCCUCUAAGACUUACUGGACGCCAUUUCCUAGGAAAAAAUGAGAACCCCAAGCAAAAACUUGAUUGUCGGGUUUGCUCUGACAGGAAAAAUAAGAAAAGGGUGCAAACUUCUUUUUAUUGCAAGCAGUGUGAUAUAGCAUUAUCCAUUGUUCCUUGUUUUGAACGUUAUCACACUUUGCGUCAGUAUAACUUGUAAACAUUACACUAUGGUACUGCUCAGUAUCACUUGUACACAACACACUGUGUGAUAUGACACAUAAACCCUCAUGUUUGUUAUGAUGGAGAAUAUAUUAAGACAUAUUUGUUUCUUUGUCUUUAUAAAAUUCACUGUCAUUAUUUGUUAGUGGUGCAACAGCAAACUUGUUGCUAAAAAUCACUUUUUAGGAAGAAUAUUAGCCUUUAUGCUUGAAUAUAAGUUUGUAAAGUUAUGAUGAAGAGAUUGUUCAGCUGAGUUAAGUCCUUUCAGUGUUUUAGGUAAAAAAUACAAAGAGAAAUGAAAGGGAAAUUUAAUGUAAAAUAGUUAUUUUUAAGAAACCCAUAAUGCCUUGCAAUGAAAGUCAGGUCACAUGACCCGAUCACCCCCCUGACAACGUAGAAAAAAUAUUUGUUUAUUCCAGAUACUAUCCUGAAAAUUUCAUUUUAAUAUCUUAAAAACUGACUGAGAUAUAAGCCAUUAAAGAUUGAGAGUGAUUUUUUGAGGUUACUAGUAAAAAAAACCUGGCAGUCAGAAAAAAGUCUUUGUCAGAACUGUGUAGAGUUAGUGACUUAAGCUGUAAACUUUUCAGUGAAGAAAUCAUCAUCCUAUUGAACAGAUAUUAAUAAGAGUGAGGUAUUAGCGAUAUCAAUCUACGCCACCCUUAGCUUGUUAUCAUUCUUUUAGAUAUCGACGAAUGCACUGAUGGUGCCCAUGACUGUCACCAAGAUGCCGAUUGUGAAAACACAGAGGGUGAAUUUACUUGUAGUUGCAAACAAGGCUUCACAGGAGAUGGACGUCUAUGCACAGGUAAAACAUUCAUACCCUCUGUCCUCCAUCCCGCUAUUGGGCGCUUGUUUAUCUUUGUCGACUAA